UUGCCUCCUCAUUGACACCUGGGGUCUGGCGAGCAACACGUGGGAGGGACGCCUGGCGGGAGUGUCCGCAGCCCCGCGAUGCAGUAGGUAUCCAGCCGAAUGGGGGAGGAUAGCGACAGAGUUAAAAGUAUAAGGAGUUUCAAAUUGUGAGCUGGACAAAGAUUUUGGUGAGCAACUUUCAGCGCGCCCAAGAUAUUAGCCAAAAAAGACCUGCUUAUUUAGCUUCGGGGAAACACCGCUUCCAGAUAUACAGAGACAUCUUUUAAUGGAUCCAGCGUGUGUUGAAGGUUCCUUCAUUUCUUUAGCUUGCCCUUCUGCUCGACAGGCUUUAUGUCAGAUCAUCAAUGUAACCAAAAUGAAAGACAUGCACCGCCAAAAGCAAAAUGAAGAAUUCAAUGGGACAGCCCUUGGAAAAGUAAUUUGGCCCGAAACGCAAUACAACUUGUAUAUAGGGUUGGCCUUAGCAAUUACAUCCAGCCUCUUCAUUGGAAGCAGUUUUAUACUCAAGAAGAAAGGUCUCUUGCGAUUGGCUGAAAAAGGAAUUGCCAGAGCAGGUCAAGGAGGAUAUGCCUAUUUAAAGGAAUGGCUCUGGUGGGGAGGACUUCUAUUGAUGGGUGCUGGAGAAGCUGCAAACUUUACUGCAUAUGUGUUUGCACCUGCCACACUGGUUACCCCAUUGGGUGCACUAAGUGUGCUAAUAAGUGCUGUGCUUUCAUCUUAUGCCUUGCAUGAGCGACUGAACAUCCAUGGCAAGUUGGGGUGCCUGCUCUGCGUUGUAGGAUCAACUAUAAUAGUCAUUCAUGCACCGGAAGAAGAAGGAGUCCACUCCUUGGAUGAGAUGCAAGAGAAGCUAAAAGACACUGGAUUCAUCAUAUUUGCCAGCAUAAUGAUCAUAGUUUCUGUGGUGUUAAUUUUCUUUAUUGCCCCUAAAUUGGGAAGAACAAAUAUUCUGGUCUAUAUCUUAAUUUGCUCCCUGAUUGGUGCCUUUUCUGUAUCUUCGGUAAAAGGACUCGGCCUUGUGAUAAAGGAGCUGAUUGAGAACAGACCUGUGAUCAGCAAACCAUUCAGUUGGGUUCUGCUCCUGACCUUGAUCAUUUCUAUUGGCACGCAAAUCAACUAUUUAAAUAAAGCUCUUGAUACCUUCAACAUCUCCUUAGUUACCCCAAUUUACUAUGUGCUCUUCACAACUACCGUCAUCACUUGCUCUGUCAUCCUUUUCAAAGAAUGGAAUGGUGUGAAUGUCAAGGAUGUCAUUGGGAUUAUCAGUGGAUUCUGUACCAUCAUUUUGGGCAUCUUUUUACUUCAUGCGUUUAAGGAUAUUGAAGUCACUUGGCAACAGUUAGUAUCUCUGACAAAGAAGAUUGAAAAAGAAGAAACAAAUGGAUUUGAACAUGAUGAUCAUCAUACAUUAUUGGAGAACAUGGGCAGCCCAUCUGCCAGAUAUGAAGAUGAAAUGCAUAUAUUCUUUGAUAGGAGAAAUGAUGAUUUACAAUAGUGGCCUAAUUUAAAUAGCUAAUUAUGAAAAAGGAACAUUAUUUUGAUCUGCACAUUACCUGUGCAACCAGUGUAUUAGAUCAUAAGAUCGCUAUAUGUACAUCUUUUGAUUUGCACAGUAUUUACAUUAUUUAUAUCAUUGGUUUCUAGAUUUAAUUGUGCACUCAAUGGACAGUCCUGUGUUCUAAAUUAAGUAAUGCAAGUACAAAGGAACUGCUAGCAGUUCAUCUUUGGUCAGUGAUGUUAAGUAUUCUAUAUGGUUGCAUAAUCAUAUCAGCAUUUUGUAUUCUACCUCCAGAAUUCAUUCCCUUGAUUGAAUUCUGAUCUGAGAACACUUCUGCAGUUAUUAACUAACACCAUUUGUUCCGAACAAAUUAGAGAGAGUUUUUAAAUGAACUGCUUUGACUUGUAGGAAGUAUAGUGCAAUUUCAAUGUGAGGCAUUUGUUUCUGGGAUCAUGGUGAAAGAAUGGAUAUUUGCAUUAGAGAUUUGGUCUUCAAAUAAGAUUUCUGGAACUUGUUGCUGUGCUCAAUUAAAAUGGGCUGCCUCGUACCAUAAAAAAAAAAUAAGAUCUGGGUUGCAACUCUUGAAUUGUACAUUGUAUGCCACAUAGGUAUUUUUUUUUCAAAAUAUUCUAGCACUUUUGUUAACAAUGUAUUACAGAUGUGUAUAAUUUAAUAAAGUCUGUAUGCAGUGGAGAUUUGUAAACAUAGCUCUCACUCCAUGGCAAAUAGUUCCUAUUGAGGGUGAAAGUGUUUGAAUAUAACUGCAAGUAUUUGCUUUAUUUUUAUAAAUAAAGGUUGGCCUAUAUUAAGAUCAA